CUAUCGAACGGCUAUGGGCGACACUUAAUCAUCUCUCUUCAAGUACUUCAAAAAUGACUCCCGGCUUUCGACACGAUACACUCAACCUCCACCUUACGGAUUGGAAUGCCCGCAAAACCAAAAAUAUGGUCCCUGGCCGCGCAGACAUAUUGGACACGCUUCUUGCACCACGGCACCCCUCAGGAGGUGAUCCGGAUCCUGGAGAGCACGGUGAUCCUGCAGAGGUCGCGUGGGUCAAUGAAGGUCUCGAGAUCGAGGAUAUGCAAUUACAGGUCAAGGCGAAAAGCUUAACUGUGGACUCGGGCGUUAUGGAUAUCGAACACGAUCGUCUUGCAGCUGAUCGCAAUGUCUUGAUUGAGCGCAUUGCAAAAUGGCGCUCUCAAAGGCCUGCCACUGGGGAGACGGAUCCUUUGGAGGUGUCAAACUGCGAGUCAGAUCUCGAUGAUCCAUCAACACUUCCCGAACAUGAGCCCUUAUCCCUUCCUUCCAAUCUUCCCCCCGACGAGCGUCUUAACAAGUGUUCAGAAGUUGAACUGAGCUUACGUGAGGGUCAGGCAAAUGAUGCACUGGCAGGCCUCCGACUACGCCUAUCCCAACAAGUGGCCUUAUAUUGA